UUUAAACAUGAAUUCAUUAAAAUUUAAAUAUUAAAUUAAUUUAUCGAGUCCAAUACCAAUGCUCCAAAAUCCCCGAUAUAAUUGCAAUCCGAACAGCGACAACCCAAACCUGUCCAUGCCACCCGCAACCGAUCCCAUCACAUCCCGCCACGUGGCCGUGAUCGGUGCAGGAGCCUCCGGGCUCGUGGCGGCCCGAGAGCUCAGGCGCGAGGGCCACAGUGUUGUGGUCUUCGAGCGCGGUGACCAGGUCGGCGGCACCUGGGUGUACACACCGAAUGUAGAGUCCGACCCGCUAGGAAUCGAUCCGACCCGGACGACUGUCCACGGCAGCCUGUACAACUGCCUCCGCACCAACCUCCCCCGCGAAGCCAUGGGCUACGUCGACUACCCGUUCGUCUCAAAAGACGAUCCGGAUCGAGACCCGAGACGGUUUCCGGGUCACCGAGAGGUCCUCAUGUACCUCAAAGACUUUGCGCUCGAAUUUGGGGUCAGUGAAAUGGUGCGGUUCGAGACGGAGGUCGUGUGCGUGAGAUUAGUUGAGGGCUCCAAAUCCAAAUGGAAAGUAAAAUCGAAAAAGGGAGGCAAGGAUGAAGUCGCUCUGGAGGAAAUUUUUGACGCUGUCGUUGUAUGUAACGGGCACUUUACUGAGCCUCGGAUCGCUGAAAUCCCCGGCAUGAAUGAAUGGCCGGGGAAGCAAAUGCAUAGUCACAAUUAUCGUGUUCGUGAGCCUUUUCGAGAUCAAGUUGUAGUUUUGAUAGGGAGCUCAGUAAGUGCCAUUGAUAUUUCACGGGACAUGGCUGGUGUUGCCAAAGAAGUCCACAUUGCAGCUAGAACAGUUGGGGAUGGAACAUUUGGAAAGCAGCAUGGCUACGAUAAUAUGUGGCUUCAUCCUAUGGUAGAGAGUACUUGUAAAGAUGGUACUGUAUAUUUCCAAGAUGGCUGCUUUGUCCUUGCCAAUGUUAUUCUACAUUGCACAGGGUACAAGUAUCAUUUUCCUUUUCUUGAAACCGAUGGCAUUGUGACUGUGGAUGACAACCGUGUGGGGCCACUGUACAAGCACAUUUUCCCUCCAGUUUUGGCCCCAUGGCUUUCCUUUGUUGGGUUACCAUGGAAGGUUUUACCUUUCCCCCUGUUUGAAUUGCAAAGCAAGUGGAUAGCUGGUGCUUUGUCAAAUCGAUUCACGCUUCCAUCGCAAGAGGAGAUGAUGGAAGAUGUUGAAGCAUUCUACACAUCACUCGAAGCUUCUGGCACACCUAAGCGAUACACUCAUUUUAUUUUUUUCUUUCCUUGGCAUGUCAUUUUGCAGUCUGAAUACAACAAAUGGCUCACGGCUCAUUGUGCAUGUACUGGAAAUGAAGAAUGGAGAAUGCAAAUGUUUUAUACCAUCCUUAACAGCGUGCUUGCUCGACCUGAGUCUUACCGCGAUGAGUGGGAAGAUCAUCACUUGGUUUUGCAAGCUCAUGAAGACUUCAUAAAGUACACCUCCAAUUGA